CGUGGACAUCUCUUUCGAUACGUUAUCCCUUGAAAUUUUUUUAGAAAGCGGCCAAGCAAGCUACAGAUCUCGAAUUAGCCAAAGCCUACUCAUCUGCCCUCCAAGCUUACUACAAUGCGGGCGAAAAAUACAUGUGGUUAAUUUCUCAUAUUGGCCAGCGCAUGGACAGCGGUUCAACCGGAUUGCAGCUGGAAUCGGGAGUAGCCGCCAAGACUGAACUCAAUGCCACGCUAAAAAAAUUGAUUUCUAGAGCAGAGCUGAUCAAGAAAUCUCGAAAGGAUCUCAGAGCUCCAAAGGCAAAUCCUUUGAGCGAGGAAUCACAAUCAUUGGUGCUGAAGCGUUCGUCUACCAUAAACAACAGCACAUUUUCUAUCUGGACCCCCGGUCCCGAGCCAUUCGACCUAUCACGGAUAGCGCUGUCUGAACCGCAACCAACGCUCUCGAAGGACCAAAUAGCCCAUGGCGCCGAAUAUCGCUCAGCGCUCACGCCUGAAAGGACCGUCUACGAGCCAGGCCUGAAAGCGCAGGACAUUGUUCAGGAUGUUGUGUCGGACUGCAGCUUGGUGGCUGCGCUUGAGGCCAUGACUGUUCACGACACGCGGUUCGGAACCAUGCUCGCGCCAUCUGUUCUCUAUCCCCAGGUUAUAGAGGGCUCUAAAAAGUCGAGCAUCGAUGGACGGUACAGAGUCAAGCUGCAUCUGAACGGUGCCGACCGCAGCGUUACCGUCGACGAUGAGCUUCCUCACGACGCGCUUGGCAGGCUAGUCUGCGCCAGAACUGCCGAUGACCGACAGAUCUUCCCAGGCCUCGCAGAGAAAGCAUAUCUCAAAGUGACCGGAGGCGGAUAUGAAUUUUCUGGCUCGAACCCAUCUGUAGACUUACAUAUACUUGUCGGCUGGGUCCCAGAGCAAGUUCACCUGCGCAAAUCCGGCGCAGAGGGCGGUGCUUUUCAAGGCGAGAAGGGCUGGAAACGCGUGUAUGCAGCUUGGAACCGAGGCCAAUGCUUGCUCACCGCUGGGUCCGGCCCUUCAGAGCCUGCUGUGUCAGAAUCAGCUGUGUCCGCGAUCCAUUUAUCGCGGUCAAAGCGGACGAAAAACAUCGUCCCCAGCCAUGCCUACUGCAUCAUUGACAUGUACGAGACACCCGACAAGAGGCGCUUCGUGACGCUACUCAACCCGUGGCAUGAGGACAAAAUCAAAGAAGUGCAACCUGGAGACGAACGUGCAUUCAGCCUAACAUGGGAAGAUUUCUGCGCGCGCCUUGACUCGCUCUUUUUGAACUGGAAUCCCGGGCAGUGGGCGCAUCGUGCGCAGUUGCAUUUGACGUGGGAGUCAAGUCAGGUCGGAGUCCUGCCACGCAGUAAUCAAGAACCAGCGCAAGGCCAAGAGCCGCCUCGACCUGGGAGCGCCGCAACGUUUCCGCUGCUUUUAACGAUCGAAAAGACUGAGAGUGCUUUGUCACAGGAGGAGGGCGAUGAUGACUUGUGUGUCUUGCUCGUUAGGCACAUCAUAUCGCGAGAGGAUGAACAAGCGGGCUCCAAGCACGUCACUUUGCGUCUCUCCGAGCGACAUGAUGUCACAGGCACUCAUCCGGCUCGGAGCAGAGAGGGUGCAUGGGUUGAUAGCACGCACUAUCUGCUGAAGCGAAAGCUUGCGCGGCAAAAGGAGACGCUGCACCUUCAUGCCGCGUGCCUUGGCUCAGUCGGCAACCCCUUUUCGCUCUACUUCUACUCGCAUCAUAAGAUGCAAAUCAGCAGCGGCUUUUGGGACCUUCCUUUCCAGCAAUCGCUGGAAGACGCAUGGUCGGGAAAGUCCGCAGGGGGCAGCAGUCUGCAUGCGAGCUUUAUGCACAACCCUCAGUAUGCCGUACAGGUCCACCCGGAUAAUCUCAAUCCCGCCUCCUGUCUCCUGGUCACCCUUCGGAGCGCGCGUCAAGACCUGCUCCUAUCCGCCCAGCUCGUCUGGGGCUCAGGCAUGCGUGUCACUUCUCUCUCACAGGGUGACUUGGUCGCGAGCAGCGGAGCGUACGAUAACCGCAUCGUGUAUUGCGAAAGCACGGCAGUUAAGCCGGGCAAAUACACGCUUGUUCUAUCGACGUAUGAGCCAGGUCAGGAGGCAGAGUACACUCUGCAGGUCGCUUGCUCGUCGCGUGUCGACAUCACGUCGAUCCCACAAGAGGGUUCUGGCAUGUUUGCACGAUCCUCUCGCAGCGCCUGGAAGGUCUUAGCGGGCACAGCGGCGGGCUCGCCCUCUCAUGGACGAUACGAGUGCAACCCAAGAUUCUUGCUGCAGCUGUCUUCUGCUGGAUCUUUCCUUGCCCGCCUUCAAGUCGGCAGUGGGGCUCGACCGCGUCCUCCGAUCAACGUGAGUGUGUUUCGUCACCACGCUCCUACAAUCAGUAUAGCACUGGGAGCGCAAGUGGCGACAAGUGGGCCCUACGAUGACGCGCUUUGCGGCGUCAUGAUCGAUCAGAGCUGGCUGGAAGCUGGCGAGUACGUCGUGGUGGCGAGCACUUACAUGCCAGGAUCGGAGGCAAGCUUUGUGCUCUACGCCUAUGCACAAAGCAAGUUCCAAUGGACUGCACUGUAGCAUCUUGCUGUCAUUCGUAGUUGGUGCGUCCCAU